AUGCAUCUUUAUGCAAAAUUCCUUAAAGAACUCAUCAAUAAGAAGAGAAGCUGGAAUGAAAAGGAGACCGUGAUCUUGACACAAGAAUGCAGUACAGUGAUUCAAAAGGGUCUCCCACCAAAACUCAAAGACCCUGAGAGCUUCAUCAUAUCAUGCACCAUAGGCAACAUGACACUAGAAAAGGCUCUAUAUGAUAUAGGUGCUAGCAUCAACUUGAUGCCUCUCUCAUUGAGGAAAAAGCUUGCAAUAGAGGAAGUCAAACCAAUAAGAAUGUCACUUCAAAUGGCAGACAAAUCACUUAAGAUACCUAACAGAGUAGUAGAAAACUUAUUGGUAAAGAUUGGAGAAUUUAUUUUCCCUGCCGAUUUUGUCAUCCUAGACAUGGAAAAAGAGGGACACAACUCAAUUAUCUUGGGAAAACCCUUCUUUGCCACAACAAGAGCUAUAAUUAAUGUAGAGAAAGGUGAAAUGACCCUCAGAGUGCAUGAUGAAAAGAUGAUCAUCAAUGUUUUUAAGGCCAUGCAAUAUUUCUCUGAGAAGGAGAAGCGUAUGAGGGUGGAAAUGAUAGAAGAAUUGGAGGAAGAGUCACUUGAAGCCAAUUGUUAG